UCAACGGUCGCCUCCGGAUGACAGUUGAUAAAUAAAUUUAAAACAUCAAGCGAUGUUGAUUUUCUAUUUGUGUGCAGAUUUAGAUAUAUGCUGGUAAAUAAAUAAAAAGCAUUGAAAAUGGAUACCACCGUGAAGAAUAAGCCUACAGUCCAGGCCAUGACAAUGGCAGAAUUGUUACCAGGAUUAAGUGGUAUUUGUUCAAAGGAUUCUACGCUAUCAUUAACAACAAUAAAGCAACCACGGAAAACAUUGGCUGUGACCCGAACAGCAGUUAAAGCUAUUAAGCCUAUGACUAUAGCUGAAAUGCAAGCUGGAAUACUUGCUUUAAAAGAUAAAACACCAAGGCGACCAGCACAGACAACCGAGUCAUCGAAUAAAAAGAAUUGGAACUCAUCAGUCAAAGUGGAAAAUAAAUUUCGAAGGAUCACUACUAUUAGUGAACAAAUGAAAAGUAAUCCAGUAAAGAAGGCAUUGAACUUUCAAUCGAAACCAAAGGCACCUUUGAAUACAAGGAAAACUAUAUUAAAUCCAGAAACUCCAAAAUUUCCAAAGCCAGCCAUAAAAGCUAAGAAAGCUAUACCGGUAACGAGGAUCAGUGGUGUAUGUAAAAUAGCGGAAACUCCAGCUUCAAGCAGGCCAAAUAGAGUGACAAUAUCAAAUAAAGAAAACUAUUCAUAUUUAUCAAACCUACCCAAACAACACAAGCCAGUUACACCAAAAAGCAUAUUGAAACAUAAACUGAAGCCACCAGUUCCGGAUACCCCAAUAUCAAACAUUUCAUGGAAAUCAAGUGACACCAGUUUCUUACAAAAGGAGAAAGAGAUAAACGAUAUAGAAGAGAAGAAUACAGCUGCUACGGAAGAACCUCCAUUGGAAAAUAUAGCUGAAGUAUCACCACCAGUAUCUACACCAUUCAAGGAAUAUAGAAAUGUACAAGAAUUCUUUAAUAAUUCCAAUAAUGUUUCGUUGAACGAAGAUUCUGUACUUUACAAUGACAAUACUAUUAUGAGUUUUGAUAACUUGACUAACUGUAAAGAGAAUAGUAAACGAGAAGAAAGCGUUAUUGUGUCUCUAUGUGACAUGUUGAAUAAAGCAACAGUGAACAAUACAGAGACAAUAAGUUCAGAACUUAAGGAUUUAUUAGAAUCAGAGAAACAAGUUAAGGAAAGCAUUAGAACAAUUGACAAUUGUAUAAAGUUUUUGACGCGUAUUAAAGAAUCUUACUUGAAACGUCAAAAGCAUGUCCAAAAAUUGAUACAGGAGAAGCAAAAUAAUCAACCAUCACACAAAAGUGAUAUUAAUCCUGAAAUUAAAGUGGAGCAUAAUAUAGACAAUCCAACAGCAACAAAUACAGAGACAAGCAAACCGUGUUCCGUGAUAAAGUCACCGACUUACAAAAUACCAAAGAAAAAUCUGUGCUUGCGAAAGAAAGUGUUUCAUAAGUCAAUGCCAAAUGUGUCAAGUAGUGCACAGUCACCUACAAUGCUAGACAGCAGUAAUGUCGUAGCCCAUAACAUGUACAUGAAAAUGAAGGAAAACAUGAAGUUUUUGAAUACACCUUCGAAGAUGAGAAACAAUGAAAUACCUGAUACUCCAGCUAUUACAUCUCGUAAUUUACAGAAUCAGUUGGAUAAAUUAUACAAUGGUAGCUAGUGGCGAUAAGCACACUCAUAUAGUGUGCUGCCCUAUAUAUGAUUAAUAAUAAUAUGAUAGGAGCUAGAUACCUCUCUGGACCAGUGGUAUCUCUAGUUGUGAUGUUUGUUUAAAUAUAUAUGAUGUAAAAUAUGCUUACUGCACUGCUAAAGCCAAAAUCAAAUACUUUUUAGUGCGAAUUUUAAAU